ACGCCAGGCCUCCCACUUGCGACACGCCCCAUUGCAUCCUCACAACGUCCCGAGUCACCUCACCUUGUGCAGUGACUGACUCACAACUGCCCUUUCCAUCCGCCCAACGCGCUUCAGACUCGACAGCAGCAGCAACAUGGCGGACGCCGUCAAAGAUGCCGUCACCUCGGCUGUCGAGGGAGUGAAGAACAUGGCCGUUUCAGCUGAGCAAAAGGCCGAGGAAAAAGGAAACAAGGCCCCAAAGCCGAAGAAGGAGAAAAAGGCCAAGGGCGAUGCCGGCGAUGGCCGUCCGUUGAUGCUUGACCCUCCGCCAGCCUACAUCGACCAUCGUAUCGAGAUUUUUGAGAAGCUCAAGGCCAAGUACGACGAAGAGAUUGCUCAAAAGCCCCACGAGAAAAUCACCAUUACGCUUGAGGACGGGAAGAACAUUGAAGGCGAAUCAUGGGUUACCAGCCCUGCCGACAUUGCACGCAACAUCUCAAAGAGCUUAUUUGAGCGCACUGUCGUCGCACGUCUAGACAAGGGCACUCCGGAGGAAACACUAUGGGAUCUUGAGCGGCCAUUGGAGCAGAGCUGCAAGCUCGAGCUCCUGCCAUUUGACCAUCCUGAAGGCAAGAAGGUCUUCUGGCACUCGAGCGCACAUAUCCUAGGAGAGGCCUCGGAACGCAGGUUCGGCUGCGAUCUCUGUAUCGGUCCCCCUAUUGAAGAUGGUUUCUACUACGAGAUGGCACUCCCGGACAAUGCUGCAGUGGACCACGCCGACCACAAGCCGCUAGAGACGAUUGUCAACAAUAUUGUCAAGGAGAAGCAGGUCUUUGAGCGUUUGACCUUGUCCAAAGACGAUUUGCUCGAGAUGUUCAAGUCGAACAAGUACAAGCAGCACAUUAUCAAGGACAAGAUUCCCGAUGGCACCUUCACUACCGUAUACCGCAACGGACCACUCAUCGAUCUCUGCCGAGGACCACACGUACCACACACUGGCCGGAUAAAACAGUUCAAGGUCAUGAAGAACUCGGCAUCAUACUUCCUGGGUGACGCCAAAAACGACAGUCUACAGCGUAUCUACGGUGUAUCGUUCCCUGACAAGGACUCGAUGCAGCAGCAUCUCAAGUUCCUCGAGGAGGCUGCCAAGCGUGAUCACCGCAAGAUUGGAAGGGAACAAGAGCUGUUCUUCUUCCACGAGUACAGCCCUGGCUCAUGCUUCUUCCUCCCACACGGUCAAAUCAUCUAUAACACGUUGCAAUCCUUCCUGCGCGAAGAGUACUGGAACCGCGGAUACCAGGAAGUUGGAUCACCAAACAUGUUCAACUCGUCGCUGUGGAAGAUUUCUGGCCAUUGGCAACACUACUCGGAAGACAUGUUCACUUUCGAUGUUGAGAAAGAGAAGUGGGCAUUGAAGCCAAUGAACUGCCCUGGCCACUGCCUGAUUUUCGGGCACCGUGAGCGCAGUUACAGAGAAUUGCCCAUUCGCAUGGCUGACUUUGGUAUCCUACAUCGAAACGAAGCCAGCGGUGCACUCACGGGCCUUACCCGUGUACGCAGAUUCCAGCAAGAUGACACUCAUAUCUUCUGUACGCAAGAUCAGAUUACCGAAGAGAUUUCAGGCCUGUUCGACUUCCUGAGAGCGGUAUAUGGCAAGUUUGGUUUCACAUUCAAGUUGAAGCUGAGUACCCGUCCAGAGGGCUUUCUUGGUGACAUUGAAACCUGGAACAAAGCUGAGGCAAAGCUGACCGAAGCACUGAAUCAAUUCACAGCUGAAGGUGGCGGCGCCUGGGAGCUUAACCCUGGUGACGGUGCUUUUUACGGACCCAAGAUUGACAUUACCAUCUCCGAUGCUCUCAAGCGAGAGUUCCAGUGUGCUACCAUUCAGCUCGACUUCCAGCUACCGAAUCAGUUCAAGCUCGAGUACAUGACUUCCGAAGUCAUUCCCACAAAGGCCAAGGAUCAACCACAGGAAGGCGGACAAGCUGAGCAGAAGAAGGCUGAAGGCGCUGAUGGUACCGUAGCCAAGAAGUCUGAUGAGCCGCAACCGGGUUAUGCACGACCUGUCAUGAUUCACCGUGCCAUCUAUGGCUCCUUUGAGCGUUUUAUUGCCAUUCUGACAGAGCACUUUGCCGGCCGAUGGCCUUUCUGGAUCUCACCUCGCCAAGUCAUGGUCAUUCCUGUCAUGCCUGGCGCCAACGACUACGUCAAGGAAGUUCAAGCCGUGCUCCGCAAGAACCGUCUGCACGCAGACAUUGACAUCAGUGGGAACACGAUGCAAAAGAAAAUUCGUACAGCGCAAUUGGCGCUAUACAACUUCAUCAUGGUUGUCGGUGCUGAGGAACAAGCUGCUCGGGCUGUCAACUGGAGAAACCGUGAUGACCAGGAGACGCAACAGCGUGGCGUCAUUGUACCGCUCGACGAAGCUGUUGAGAAGCUGGUCAAGCUGAGGGACGAGCGUAGAUUGGAGAACAAGGUCUAAGUCUAUUUGGGUGGAGAAGAACUUGAAGACGGAGUAGGGUGCAUAUGAGGCGCAAGAGGAAUGAAGAAUAUGAAAUGAGGAAGCAUAGUGAAUAGGCACCACUGACAGGUGUAACUUUUUUCCUUUGACUGACUCUGUAAGGGACAUCUGAGAAGGCUGGAACACGCUCUCUAGUUCCUGCAAUAUGAUAUCCCAUAAAAUGAAACCUG